AGCGGUUACGAGAAUUCUAACCUUCUCAAUCCAACUCUCAACUUUAUCAAUAAUUUGAUUAAAGCCACAGGAUUCGAGAAGCAAGAGAUAAUAGCGAGAGAAAGAAAGUUGCAGGAAAGUUUAUCCGUCGAAGAAUUGGAAAUCAGAGGGUUGGCUGUGAGAGAUUUAGAAAUAUGUCCUAAGUUUCUAGUUCCCUCCUGUUUAGGGGGACAAAUCGAGAUCAAACUUAAUAAAGUUGUAUCGAGUAUAUCCCCUGGAAUAACAUGGAGGAGAGGAUCAUUAAUUACUCUUCAGUUCUCACCAGACGGAAACUUUAAUGAUCUAAAGAAUUGGCAAGAGGUAUUUGGGAUUAUUUCGCAUAGAAGUACUCAUAGUUUAAAUAUAAGAUUAAACAAUUUAUCGCCAUUUGUUCUGAAGAAACUUCAGCGUGGAAAUGAUAGCGACGCGGGUCAACUUAGGAUUGUCAAAAGAAGCGAACAGCAGAUAUACAAAAAUCAAGACUUAAGUUUGAAGGAACUUCUAAAGAGAAAAAUCAAACUGAACCGUGAAACACCAAUUGGAACGAUCUUCAAUAUUCUAUUCAGUGGCGAAGAAAAAAUCUUAAAACUGGAGAAGCACAGUGAAAAUAUAGAAAAUAAUUUUGACACAAGAAACAUUGAAAAGGACGAAAUAAUGGAUAAAGAAAAUUAUUCUGCUAAUCUGAUAAAUCCCGAGAAAAUGAGAGAUAUUAAUGAAGAUAUUGUUGAGAAAAAUAACAUUGAGCACACAACUAUUAUUUAUGAUAAACGGCUCUACCAAGAUGGACAAAAAAUGAAAGCUAUUGAAUUGUGCAGUAGGUGUGAGCCUUUAACCCUCAUACAUGGACCUCCUGGAACAGGAAAAACUACAACUCUUGCUGCAGCUGUGUUAAGUGCUGUUGCAAAUGGAGAAAAGGUUCUUGUUGUAGCACCAAGUCAUGCUGCCUGUGACGCAUUUACGCUUGCUUUAGCCAAACAAUGGCCUAGGUCAAUUGAAAAAUCUUUUGUGCGACUUGGAAACAGUUUAAGAUUUACAAGUGAGGAUGUAGCCUUGUACAGUACUGACAAAAUUUCACCGUCUGCUAAAUUGGAGGAUUUGCAGGAUCAGCUGUUUCAUGUCAGAAAUCAACUAUUGGAUAACAGUUGCAAAGGGAAAGGUUCUGUGAUGCUAGAAGAAAAAUAUUUAACAAGAGAAUAUUGGACGGAGGGCAAAGAGAAUGAAAAAAAAGUUAUCAAAUCUUCAUCAGUUGUUAUCACAACAAUUAUGCAUGCAACAAGCUUAAUUAAAUAUUUCAAGGAAAAAGAAUUUGAUUUAUUUGUUAUUGACGAGGCUGGGUUUACGCCAGCUAGUAGCACCCUGCCCCUGAUAUCCUGGGCUCCUCGUCUUCUUCUUGCAGGAGAUCAUCAUCAACUCCCUCCAGUAGUUCUUACCCAGGAGGCUAAGCUAUUGGGGUUAGAUAUUAGUUUGUUUGAGAUGCUGGCCGGAAAGAUGAAAGAUCAAAUCUGUAUGCUGGAGACUCAGUACAGAUCGCAUAAUAUGAUCGCUGGCUGGAGCAGUCAACAUUUUUAUAAGAACAGAUUAGUGUCCGCUGAUAUUGUGUCAAAGAUUCUUGUCCAAGAUCUCAUCAAGCUUUCAAAUAAAAGAGGAAAUAUUCUAACUGCAAGUCCUUUAUUACUUCUAGACACUUCAGGAUUGGAUUGGACUGAGGAGGCCGAAGAUGAAGAAUCAAUCAGUAACCCAGACGAGGCCGUGUUAGUGGCAGAACUAGUAGAGAAAUAUUUACAGAUGGGUGUUUUACAGUCAGAUAUUGGAGUCAUAGCACCUUACUGGUCACAAAUAUCGUUAAUCAGGUCAAAUAUUGGUAAUUAGGUAAAAUAUCGUUUAUCAGGUCAAAUAUUGUUAAUCAGAUCAAAUAUCGUUUAUCAGGUCAAAUAUUGUUAAUCAGGUCAAAUAUUGUUGAUCAGGUCAAAUAUUGUUGAUCAGGUCAAAUAUUGUUAAUCAGGUCAAAUAUCGUUAAUCAGGUAAAAUAUUGUUAAUCAGGUCAAAUAUCAUUUAUCAGGUCAAAUAUUGUUAAUCAGGUAAAAUAUUGUUAAUCAGGUCAAAUAUCGUUUAUCAGGUCAAAUAUUGUUAAUCAGGUCAAAUAUUGUUGAUCAGGUCAAAUAUUGUUGAUCAGGUCAAAUAUCGUUAAUCAGGUCAAAUAUCGUUAAUCAGGUAAAAUAUUGUUAAUCAGGUCAAAUAUCGUUAAUCGGGUCAAAUAUCGUUAAUCAGGUCAAUAAUGUUAAUCAGGUAGAAUAUUGUUAAUCAGGUCAAAUAUCGUUAAUGUGGUCAAAUAUUGUUAAUCAGAUCAAAUAUCGUUAAUCAGAUCAAAUAUAGUUUAUCAGGUCAAAUAUUGUUAAUCAGGUCAAAUAUCAUUUAUCAGGUCAAAUAUCGUUUAUCAGGUCAAAUAUUGUUAAUCAGGUCAAAUAUCAUUUAUCAGGUCAAAUAUCGUUUAUCAGGUUAAAUAUUGUUAAUCAGGUCAAAUAUCGUUUAUCAGGUCAAAUAUUGCUUAUCGGUUCAAAUAUCGUUUAUCAAGUUAAAUAUUGUUCAUCAGGUCAAAUAUCGUUUAUCAGGUCAAAUAUUGCUAAUCAGGUCAAAUAUCGUUAAUCAGGUCAAAAAUUGUUAAUUAGGUCAAAUAUUGAUAGGGGAUAUUUAUGGGAGUAGAGUCAUCCUUGCUCAAAUUGAAAAGCGCAAAAUAAUUUUGGAAGUAAAUUUGGACUUAGCAAAUAAAUACUUUUUAGGGAAACCUCAAGUUAUGGUGUGUAGCGUAUAAACAAAAUAUAAUUGAAAAUUUGUAUUUAGAUGUUUAAUGUAUCAUUUUAAUCCCACUGUCGUUUUCUGCUAUCCUUUUCAGAAAUGUACUAAAAUUUAACCAUUUGGGCAGAAUUAUGUGUUUUAACAUUUUUUUUGACUAGAGAGAAACCUGAGGCCCA